AUGCAGGCUAGAAUUUGCCUUAAAAAUCAAAACAUGAAAUACAACAAAACAGAAAUAAACGUUACUGUGUCAGAGGCCUCGGAAACCUCAGAGCCGGCGGCUGGGGGACGGUGCUCGCCCCAGGUGUCGUUAUCAAUCGCAUGCACCACCAAAGGUGCAGAAGUGCCAAAGCGGGCUUCUGCCGCCAACCACCGUGUUGGAAAUACAACUGCUAACCAAGAACGUAGUACGAUAUCGAUCGACGCGAUAUCGUGCUACGAGCGUUUGUACGGCUUGUCUGUGCGGAAAAUUGUAGACGUCGGAAAAGUCCUGGAUUAUUUGAUGUUCAUGAUUUUCAAACUGCAGAUGGGACAGGUGUAAUAUUAUCGUUAUUCGAUGUGUCUCAGAGAUAGCGAAACCAUAAAUUUGUAAUACGAAUAAUAAAAAUAGAUAAUUAUUUUCUAGUCAAUGUAUACCCAUACGUUAAAUCAUUUAUCGGCCGAAUUGUACAGUUUGAACGAAACAGNAUGAUUUUCAAACUGCAGAUGGGACAGGUGUAAUAUUAUCGUUAUUCGUUGUGUCUCAGAGAUAGCGAAACCAUAAUUUUGUAAUACGAAUAAAAUAAAAAUCGAUAAUUAUUUUCUAGUCAAUGUAUACUCAUACGUUAAAUCAUUUAUCGGCCGAAUUGUACAGUUUGAACGAAACAGAAGACAUGACUAUUGCGGGCCAACUUUUUAUCGGACUUAUUAAAAGCGGCCUCGUCUCGUAAAUGAUUUUUUAAAAAUUAUUGAUUUAUUUCAUUUCAUAAAAAUCUAAAUCAAAUAUAUUCUUGUGUUUUUUUUUUUUUUUUUAGAAAUGAUCAAGAUUAUUGGGAACCCGCUAUGGAACAAAUCUUACGUAUUCUAGAUAACAACAGUUCAAAAUCGAGAUCGUUUAUUUUAAUUUCAAAUUUUGUGGAAGAAUUGAAACGUGACAUCGGGACACGUUUACAAUACGAUAGCAUAAAUCAGGUAUGAUGAACAAAUUAAUACCUAUGUUACUAUUGUUUAUCAACCUAUAUUAUGUUAUUACGAUAUGUGUAUUUUCAGGCGUUGAGAGUAAUCGAAGAGACGACCAAUGAAAGAAUACGUAAGGAAAAGGUGUGUACCAAAUUUCUAUAUAAAUAAUUAUUUUUAACUAUUGUACCUAAAUUAUCUUUAAAAAUCACGUUAUUAUUGUUUUGUCAUUUCUCGUAAUAAUUUUCUUAUAUUCAAUAUAAUUAUUAUUGUCCGUUAANGAAUUGCUUCCGAGAGGAAAAACGAUAUUUAUCUUUGAGGAUAGCCAGUGUUUAAUACAAGCAAUAAAAUAAUUAAUUGUUUGAAAAUCGUCGUGAUUUGUUUCAGCGUUCCGCUCCACCUUUAACCGUCGCUACAACGAAGAACCAUUUGAAAACCAACGGUAUGUAAAAUUACAUACCUAAUUGUUUUUCGUGGAAAAAGUUUUACAAUAGCAUACUGUAAUAUGUACUUAAUGUGUAGUUAAUUAUAACACAAAGUUAUUGUACUAUAAAAUAUAUUAUAGUUUCGGAGUUGUUCCUGUAGAUUAUUGUUUUUUUUUUUUUUUUUUUUUUUUGUUUUUUCGUCGAUUUUUACACAAUAUUCUCGUAAUAUAAUAGUUAUUAUAUAUAAUCGAAACUUCGCAUUUUUCCUUUAUACCUUUAUAAUAUAAAUAAAUCGCCAUUAGGUUAAUAAAAAUCAAUUUCAAUAAUUGUCUAUUAUUCCAGUGAAGAGAACGGCGUACAACAGGAAAGAGGCGGAAGAUUACGCUAUCCGCGUAAAGUCAUUUUGCUGUGACCAAACCCAGGUAAUACGGAAAUAUGAUAAUAUACUUUGAUCCAAUAAAAUAUUUACAGCGCGAUUUCCACGUAAUUCGAACAUUACGAUAAUUAUAUAAAAAAUAAUAAUAAUAAAAAAUUAUCCGACUUUCAUAACUAUUGUAUUCGUUUACGUUUCAAACUAGUGUUGACAAUUAUUUUACAAAAUCGCGCGUAUUGUCGCGAAAUUACGACGGACCGUGUUUAACGACAAUCAUUUNAUACUUGGAUCCAAUAAAAUAUUUACAACGCGAUUUCCACGUAGUUCAAACAUUACGAUAAUUAUAUAAAAAAUAAUAAUAAAAAAAAAUUAUCCGACUUCCAUAAUUAUUGUAUUCGUUUACGUUUCAAACUAGUGUUGACAAUUAUUUUACAAAAUCGCGCGUAUUGUCACGUAAUUGCGACGGACCGUGUUUAACGACAAUCGUUUUUGUUUUUUUUUUUUUCAUGAUAAGACUACCGUGCAAGAACUCGAUCGAGUAAAAAAAUACUGGAUCAUGAGAAAAUUACUUUUCGAACGCUUCGACUCUGGCAUACUUCUUGAUCACGGUNAAUGUAACUAUAAUUCUUACGCGGUUUAUAAUAUAAUCGUCAUCGUGUUUCGUCUUCGUUCAUUUUACUUAGUUUUAUAUUUUUUUUACGUUUAUCGUUGCACAGAGAGUUUUUACUCUGUAUGCCCAGAAGUGUUGGCGAAACACAUCGCGAACCGGUGUAAAUUCCCAAACGGUGUUGCAGUGGACCCAUUCUGCGGAGCCGGCGGCAACGUCAUUCAGCUGGCCGCUAGUUGUCGGAAGGGUAUGUAAUUAUUCAUUUAUAAUAUUAAUUGUAUAACUGCAUCAUAUAAUAUUUGUUUUUUCGUCCCUCCCCGCAGUCAUAGCGAUGGAUAUAGAUCCGAAAAAAUUAAAACUGGCGAGGCACAACGCCGGAAUAUACCAGUGCCAAAAUAAAAUAGUGUUCCAGGAAGGAGAUUUUUUCGGCGGGACGACGGUUCAAAUGGCUAAUGUAGUGGUCACGUCGCCCCCGUGGGGAGGCCCCGAAUACCUAGGUCGGGAGGUGUACAGCUUCUCGUCCUUGUGUGAAUCAAACGGGGGCGGCGAAGCCAUUGUGCGUGUAGCGAAAACAAUAGCACCGAAGCUGGCCCUACAUCUACCAAGGACCGUGGACAAAAACGAGGUCGGUUAGGUUCACGUUCUUAUACGUUAUUAUUCUUAUGUGUUGUUUGUUUUUUUUUUCCCCAUAUCGAUGUUAAUUUUCGAUCUACUUUUGGUUUUCAGUGUGUCGCCAUAGCCAGGAAACUUUGCUUCAGGAAAAUCAAGUUUGAAGACAAUUUUAUCUCGGGAAGACUUAAUUCCACCACUGUGUUUUUUAGUUAGUUUUUAAUUUGACUAUUUUAACUUAUAUUUUUAACUUGUAUUCUUUUAAUUUCCAAAC